AUGUUCUUCUUCAGCCAAUCAUGUGACCUGUCGAGACACAGGUGCAGUUACUGUGCGAAGAGACCAUGGAAAUGUGGACACUGUGGGAAGGAAUUCAGUGACCAGUCUGAGCUGGAAAUUCACCAAUGCAGCCACACUGCAGAGAGACCAUGGAAAUGUAGGGAUUGUGAUGAAGGAUUCAGAUCCCUGCCUGUGUUGGAGAUCCAUCGGCGCAGUCGCACUGGGGAGACACCAUUCACGCGCUCCAACUGUAGUAAAGGAUUUAUUUGCUCUUCCUACCUCAUGACUCACAAGCGAGUUCACACUGGGGAGAAACCUUUUAAAUGCACGGACUGCAAGAAUUGUUACAAAUGUUGCGGGGAAACGAUGUCCCCUCACCGUAUUCACACUGAGGAGAGUCUGUUCAGAUGCUCUCACUGUGGGAAAGGGUUCAAGACGUCAUCUGAAUUCACUGCUCACCAGAGAAUUCACUUUGGGGAGAGGCUGUUCAUCUAUAGUGUGUGUGGGAAGGUAUUUACUUGGUCAUUGCACCUCACAAUACACCAGCAAGUCUACACUGAGGUUGCAUAUUCAGUUGAAGCCCUGACCCCACAUGCAACCACGUGUACUGUGUCUCCCCACUAUGAGCAGUGUGAUGAUCAUUCAAGCUGUGUAACUGGUUAA